AUGGCCACAGAGCUCGAGCAGCUUUGCUCUCCUUCCUCCCCUUCUCUCCAAUCUGUCCACUCAGACGAAUUUGUGCAACUGGCCAUCGACCCGGACGGGCUUCCCCAAGCGUCUGAACCCAUCGACUCGGAAGAAACUGCACCACUCGUCGUUCGAUCCAAAGCCCCUUCUCCUUUCGACAAACCUGAUGCAGGGAUAGUCCUUGGAUCCCUCGACGCCGUUGGCUUUCACGUCCGGAAGGAGAUCCUGCUCGAGGCCUCUCCCGUGUUUGAGCGACUGCUCGCGUCGGAAGGCAGUCCCACUAUCCUUGAUAUCCCUGCCGCAAGCGACGCCAUCGAGCUCAUCCUACGGAUAUGCUAUCCAAUCAUCACUCCGAGACUCACCGACCUCACCUUAGACCUCCUCCAGAAAGCUCUCCGCUUGGGCAUGGACUACGCCCUCGUGCUCCCCACAGCGGUCAUCGAAGACGAAAUGGUCGCACGCGCAUGUAGAAUCAGUCAGUGGCCUCAAGUGUGGCUCGUCGCAUGCCGGAAUAGGCUGGAGGACGUGGCGCGUCGGCUUCUAGACCUUACCUUCGAUAACGAUGCGCUGGAUCCAUUCACCCCUCUCCUCACCGUGGAAGCCAUCACAUCCGGCGAUUACCACCGGUGCUGGGAAUAUCGGCGAGCUCGUGGAAAUGUGACCUCAUCGUUCCAGCUCUGGAAGUGCGAUACAAAAGGAUCUACACCCACUGCGCAAACCCAUCCUGCACCCAUUGUGUAUGCCUUCGAGACGACGUUUCCUGAGGCAGACCUCAUAUUCCAGUCUUCUGAUGGCAUUAUGUUCCACGCGAACGAAGCUAGGAUCCGUAAAGCAUCACCGAGUCUCCAUGCAUAUUUGGAGGCAGCCCCGCGAGGGGUUUCCAGGUCAGACCUACAGAAGAGCAGGACCAAGGGCAAGGGCAAAAAAGCUUCAGUGUAUAGGUUCCUCGCUCUGGCCACGGAGGAUCCUAUAUAUGCAUACCUUUUGGCCGCUGUUGCCGGCUUGGACACCCUCUCGAAGCGUCUCGCGAAGCUCACGCUGAAGAUUCCUUUGUGCGAACUAUACGUCGAGCACAUGCAGCGUUUCCCAGCCGGCCCCUACCACCGCCUCAUCAAGUAUCGGGAGGCGUGCUCCGCCGCCGGAAAACGCUUGCUCCUUGGGAUCACGUCCCGCACCCCACACCCCUCAGUGGUCGUCGCAGACCCACUCCACGUCCAUGAAGCAGCUGAAGCUCAACAAGCGACCCUGACAGUCAACAUCACGCCGGAGACUGUCUUGGGACCGUCCGGGGUAGAAGCGUGGCUGCAGUACAAAAUCCAGAAUGUGGCUGCCACCAUCGAAGAUACCCCAGGCUACAUGUUCUCUCCACAGUCUCCGGAGGCCGUGUGGGAGCAAGCGCUCACCGCCAGCGAGCUUUGGUGCGGCAACUGUAGAGGAUUCGCUGGCCAGGUGCACCUUCUGGGAAAGGCCUUGCAGGACAUGCCAUCUGUGGUGGACGAGAUCGAGUUCUGA